AUGCGAUACUCUUCCGCCAUUAGGUCCUUGCGUACCAGCCUGGAUCAGCAGGUCGACGAUUUCAGUGCCUGUGCUGCUACGCUUUUCACACUCGCGCAGAUAGAGGGCUGUUAUGCGCCUGAACACGACGAAUGGCGCAAGCAUCUUCUCGGUAUGUAUGGGUUGCUUAGCUUUUUCUCACAGGACAGCCCCUGGAAAAUGUCGUUCGAUGCUUGGGUGCUUUCACAGAACUUGGCUCUCUCUUUGGAGAUUGCUCGCACCGGCUCUGGAGGAUCCUUUGACUGUUUCCGUAACACUGAUCACCUUUUGGAGUCCAUAUCACGAAAAAGUCAUUUCGGUUACACAAUUGGUGCGAGUAGCGCUGUGUUACAGUCAAUAUUUAAGGUGCAUCGGCUUGUAGAGGCUUUGGGAAGUGGUGAGUCGCUUAUAGAAGUCGAAGUUCAAUGCGGAAAGAUUCUCGGCGAGCUUGGUACCACAAAAUCAGACUGGAUAAUCACGCAGCCCUCUCACAGUCGCCAGGAUUAUCUGAACAGCCUGCAUCAACGUAUAUUCCGCAAUGCUGCCGUGAUUUAUUUGCAUCGGGCCAUUUAUGACGUUGCGCCCAUUGCUGUUCGAGACCAUGUUCUCAACGUCCUUUGUGAUACCAUUAGCUUCCUUGACCUGCAGGGUGGUAGCGUUUCGCUUUGGCCUGUCUUCAUUGCUGCAGUGGAGGCGUGCUCAAGAAAGGAGAGAGACUUGGCGAGACAAUGGUUGGAUUACUCCUGCAAAUUAGGCAUCAGUAAUCGUCAUGCAGCUCGAUGUGUCAUUGAGGAAGUCUGGAAACAGCGUGAUCAGGAAGCAUUGUUGAGAGAUAUUGAACCAGAAUAUGUCGUAUUAGACUGGCGACGGGUCCAGUAUCAUCUCAAGAUUGAUAUUCUUUUGCUUUAA